AUGGCUUCCAAAGCAUUCGCAAUCAUUGCUGGUGUUGGUCCGGGCACGGGCGCCUCUAUUGCCCGCAAAUUCGCCCAAGCAUACUCGGUUGUCCUGCUAGCUCGCAACCCCGCCAAUUUUGAGCCGGUGGUUGACGAGAUCAACUCUAACGGUGGUCAAGCUGUGGGAUUCAGUGCAGAUCUGUCCGAUUCGCAGAGCGUUCGGUCCGCCUUUGACCAGAUCUCGCAGCAGUAUGCGGAUUCUCCGCUGGCUGCAGCUGUGUUCAACCCCGGUGGAGGGUUUGUGCGGAAGCCGUUCUUGGAGUUGACGGAGAAGGAGUUUACGACGGGGUAUGAGAGUCAAGGGAAAGGAGGCUUUCUCUUCGCUCAGAGUACUCUUCCACUUCUCCUCAGGGCUAAGGAAGCGUCAUUGAAACAUCCGCCAACGCUGGUAUUUACCGGAGCGACCGCCAGUCUCAAAGGCUCCGCGACAUUCUCGGCCUUCGCCUCGGGCAAGUUUGCACUGAGGGCGUUGGCGCAGUCCCUGGCGCGGGAGUUUGGUCCACAAGGCGUGCAUGUGGCGCAUGUCAUCCUCGAUGGGGUUAUUGACAUCCCACGGACGAAGAGCUGGACCUUUGAGCAUGAAGAUGCCAAGAUCGACCCUGUGGCUAUUGCCGAUUCUUACUGGCACCUGCAUACACAGCCGCGGACAACAUUUGGAUUCGAGUUGGAUCUCCGGCCAUAUGUGGAGAAGUGGUGA